AUGGAGGAGAAGAAGAAGAACAGAGUUUUAUCAUCAAACUGUGGGCUCACUGCUCCCUCUGCUCUGCCUCACAGGUUCACCGUCAGGGUCUGCAGCCGCAACAAGAACCAGAACCAGAACCAGAACCAAGGUGUUUCUGGGUCAGGAGACAUGAUGCAGCAAAUCAUCCGUCAGGUUUUUAACCCUCGCCUCCAUGACAAAUAAAAAACUCUCCAACAGAGGAGCAGGAGGAGGAGGAGGAGGAGGAGGAGGAGGAGGAGGAGGAUGCAGCAGAGAUGUUCUGGACCGGCUCCUGCUCCAGUUUUUGGAGAUUCUCCUUACAUAAGAGGAGUUUUUAUCAAAUGUAGGAGGAUCAGAGGAGUUUAACCACGAACAUCUGCAGGUUGACGAUGUCUGCAGCCGCUCCUGUCGGCGAUAUUGUGUCGUAAACAUCAGACAGACUCAGCUGCUGUUGUUUCCAUCAGGAGAGAAUCAAACGCUCGUCUGUCGCACUGCUGCAGCGAGAGAGAGAGAGAGAGAGAGAGAUUAUCGCACAUUACUGCCCCACAUGUGACAUUCCUGCACAGCGCCGCCUCGGCCUCGUAUGUGAUGCUGUCUCCAUGGAAACGGGAGGAGAUUCAGGGCAGGCGUUAUGUAAAAUGGAGUCCGAAAUAGAAGCAGAGACUCGAGUUUGUGUGAAGCCGACGCGAGUCCUGAACGUGAGCGAAACAUCGGACUGAGUCUGUGAGGUUAGCGCGCUAACAUCGGCGAACGAUCGUAAACUCAGAGAGUCGUCAGGUCUGCAGGAUUUCAACACUGCGUUUGAGUGACCUCAGAGGUCGGAGGUUAAAAUGAAGUUUUAGUUACAAAGUCGGAAAAAAGCAAAAUCGGAAUUCUACGAAAAGUGAUUGUAGCGCCUUCCUCGUCCAAAUUUACUGCAAGCGCUUAAAAUAACUUUGUGUGUGAGAUUCUGGAUCAUAGGAGAGGUGUGGUGGAGCAGGUUCUUCUGGGGAACUAGCCCCGCCCACUCUAAUCACUGCAUAGAUAAUGAGGUUACAAACUGAGAGGCUGCACGACUCAGACAUGUUAGGUCACAUCAGGUCUACGUCGUCUUAACCACGGAACACCAUCAGGAGGAGAGUUCGGGUCUGAACUGGUGUUUCUUCAGGACAUCGCAGAUUCACGACUUCUAAUCGAACAGUCUGAGUGUCCCCGAGCGGCCUCUGGUGGUGGUUAGAGGAACUGCAGCGUUAAGAAUUAUCGAUAUUCUCUCCAUCAUCACCUGCUGAUGCUCCAACUGCUCACGUUUGCCCCAGGACUGACAGGAAGUAUGAAUUAUGUGACCAAUCAGGCGAUCCGGCUGUAAUCCGGCGGUGAUGGAUGACGGCGGCGGCGGCGGCGAUGGCGCUGAGGACAGAAAUCCUCACACAUGUUCGCAUGUGGCGACUAAAUCAAGAAGCAGAGAUGAUGGAAGUAUGUGUGAGGAGGCGAGGGAAGAGAGGCUGUUGCCAUGGCGCUGUGCCACGUUCUGCUCCCUCCACCUGUUACACACACACACACACACACACACACACACACACACACACACACACACUCUGGUGAAGCUAUAUGAGCGUUUUGGCGUCAGAAACUCUCCCGUCUGUGGUUUCUGUCGUCUGCAGCUGCUGACUCACUCUUAAUGCAUCUGUUAGAAACAAAAAAGAGACGGACAUUCAAAAAGUUUUUAUCCUGAUAUUUUUGAUUCAUGAGGGACAGAUUUAAAGGGAUAUUCUGCUGUAAAAUUAAUUCAGGCUCAAACCCACCGUAACACCGAGUUAGACCCCCCCUCCAGAGAUGAAUGUUGUCGACUGCUUACGUUUCUCCACCUCUGUAGUCUAUAAGCUGGGCCAAUAAACUUCUACUGUAGAAAAAUGAAAAGGUAAAGGUGUUUUUAUUGAGCCGAAUUAUCAAUAAAAUCAUGAUUUUGUUAACAGGUAUGGAUUUAUGUGCUGUUGAGUUAAUAUUUCUGAACAAGAGCACAGUAAAGUUAAAUCAGCUAAUUUUCCAAUGAGGUUCUGUUACUGAACAGAACUACACCAUGAUCUACUGAGGUUAGUACAUAUAUGGUCACAGCCAUAGUACUAGACACCAAACAUCUUUUUAACUUUGACUCAUUUCUUUAGCAAAGAGACUAAACACAACUCACCUACUCUCUUCCAGCAGACGCUUGUUUGUAGAGAGACCUCAGGCCAGUCCAUUACAGACUACAGCGGGGUGCCGCAGCUCAAGGAAGACCAAAGUUAAAAGCAUUAUGCUGCAUUAUGUCUCAAAAACGACAGUUCCUCUGGUGUCCACUAGAGGUCGUGUCCAUCAGUGAGUCAGUCUCUGUAGAGACCGUACGACUUCAACCUGACCAAUGACUUCAGAGCAGCUGAGACUUUAAAGCUGCGUUCCAGUUUCCUCGGAGGUCUGAUGUCAGAGCUGGGAAUGACGUUACACCUGAGUUGACGACGCUCCAGUAAACAAGUCAGAAAACUAAGAUGGACGCCUACAGUUAGCUGUUGUCAGUUAUGUAAAGAUCACACAGUAUUUUACUCGUACAAACACCACAUCAGCGUGUUCUCAGUUAGACGUUGGGCGGUUCGACAUAAACCACUUUUUUAAUUUACUGUGAAGGUUUAGAGACGGAGAGAAGAGAUGAUCUUCAUGUUGAAGGAAAAACAGAUUCUCAGGGACAUGAAGCCUGAUAAGACCAAGGCUGUUUGACCAGGAAAACACACACACACACACACACACACACACACACACACACACACACACACACACACACACUGACACACACACCUCUGACCUCUCCAAGGACUCUCUCCCCCGUAGGAGAUAAAACCAGAACUCCUCCGUCUCCCUCUUCAUUCUCCUCUUCAUCGCAGACAUGCUCACUCACCUCCUCUCCUCUCUCCUCUCCUUCAUUCCCCCUCUUUUCUCCUUCUCUCCCUCCUUCCUCUUCUUCCUCUUCAUCAGCGGAGUCACCGCAGUCGUCGUCUUCCUCCUGGUCCCUAAAUCCAGACCUCGGUCCUCCAUCCCCUGCCUGCCGAGGAUCCCUCUCCUGGGCAGCCUCCCCUGGCUGAGUGGAGACCUCCCCCCUCACCUCCUCUUCACCCGGCUCACCCACAGGUGAGGAAACUCCCACACCUGACGACGACUUCAUGUUCACGUUUGAAAAGACGAUCUCCAGAAAUCAGGAUUAUUGAGCUGUAGUUGAUGAACUGAAGGACUUUUAUUUUGGAGGUGCCUUGGACAUGUUGAGACUUUUACUUUGUUGGAGUUUUUUUUAUGUUUUGAAAAAAUCCAAAGAUUAAAAAAUAAAAGAACUCACUAAUAAAAUAAAUGACUUGUUGUUCUGAGGGACUUUUAUUUUGGAGGUGCCUCGGACAUGUUUCGAUACUUACUGACAAGAAAAUGAAACGAGGAGUUGAUUGUUUUAAAGGACUUUCAAAGAUUCGUUAAAUUUAAAAUUGGCGAAUGUUUGGGAGGACUUAAAAAAAAGGAAAAUGAAAAUUUUAAAAAGUUUGAAAGACUUCAAAGAUUUUUUUUUAAUUUUUAGAGACUUUUUCGGUAUUUUCAUCGGCAUUCAAAUUUUCUGGAGAAAUUCUAAAUUUUUUUAAAAAGACUUUGAGUUAUUGUUCAUUUUGGAAGAGAUCUGUUUGAAUGUUCCUGAGGUCUUUUUAAAGUUUUCAAGGACCAGAAAAUGUUAGAAAUGUCAGACUUUUGUGUUUCCGUUGAUUUUUGAAAAUAAUUAAGAAGUUUUAAAUGUUGAUUUUUGUUGAUGUUUGUAAAAUCUAACCCUUUAUUGUCUUUUGUAUCACAUACAUUUUUGAUACUUCUAUCAAAUCAAUAUGAUCAAUAAAUUACUCUUGUAGUUUAACAGUUUCCAAAACCAUCUGAUGAAUCAAAGAGAUAAAUAAAUAUAUUUCUUAAAUUUUAAGGACAUUUUGAUUUCUUUGUUUUUCAGUAGUAAAUAAAAUUUUAGCUCCAAAAAAAUUGAAUUUUCUGACCAUAAUUUUUGUUUUCAGGCAUUAAAGGGUUAAGGCCUUAUUCAUGUUUUCUCCUCCCCUCUAAUGAUUCUUGAAUGUUUUGAUUUCCCGCCAUAAAGAUGUUGUUGUUGUUGUUGUUGUUGUUUUCACGUAAACAGUCGUUGAAUUUACUGAAGUUUGAUUCGUUUCAUUAAAUCCGUUUCGCUCUCAGGUACGGCUCCCUCUUCGCUCUCUAUCUGGGUCCUCACUUCACCGUGGUCGUCAACAACCAUCAACACGCCAGAGAGGUCCUCCUACAGAGAGGGAGGGACUUUGCAGGGCGACCGAGCAUGGUGAGACAUGCUGCAUGAGAAAGAGAGAGAGAGAGAUCUAUGAUUUAUCACAUACAGAGGUGUCCCACAGGGAUCCUUCCUGGGUCCUCUGUGUUUCAAAAUUCACACAUUUAACGUUAUUCUUCCGGUAAACGACUUUGAGAUCCGUCUUUAUGCAGAUGAUACUGCGCUCUGUUUUUCUGCUGACUCUGCAAAGCUCCAUUUAACCCCCAAUUUUUACCGCCACCGAAUGGCGUGGAUUUUCGCCAUCUGCCAAUUCCUACCAGAUCCAUUUGUGAGGCGAAUUUCGUGGCGGAUUACCGACAGUAAGAAUCGUGAGAACUCACAAGAACCCGCGGAAUUCCGGCAAUCGCGCAAUAUCGAGUUGUCUCUCUAAAGACAGACACAUAGACAUAUAAGCAGUAGAUUCUGUCCUACCAGAGGAGGAAAUCUACUUCUAGACUUCUUCUAGAACUCUUGUGAUCCUCAGAGGAACGGAAAGAAGUCGGUGUAAAUUGACACGUUAACUUGAAUGGUUACGAUCAUCUACGAUCGGAGGAUACGACCUUUUAGGAGACGAUCAGGAUGAAGGUGGAGGUCGGGGGUCAGAGUAAUGUGUCCUUGUCUUCAGGUGACCACUGACCUGUUGACCAGAGGAGGUAAAGACAUCGCUUUUUCCGAUUACUCUCCGAUGUGGAAGAUGCAUCGUCGCCUCGUCCACAACUCCUUCACGCUGUUUGGAGAGGGAACAAACCGUCUGCAGGACAUCGGUACCCUACGACACCCCUACGAUACCCUUCAUUUCCAAAAACAUCGUCCUCUGAUAUUUCGUAAACCCGCCUCUUUACCGAGUCUUUACUGUGUCCUCUGUCCAACAGUCCUGUCCUCAGUAGACAGUCUCUGUGCGGAGCUGCUGUCCAGUGGUCGCCGUGGCUUUGACCCAUCUCCAGCUGUGACGAGGGCCGUCACCAACGUUGUUUGCACGCUGGUGUUCAGUGCUACAUAUCGCCAUGGUGACGCCGAGCUGCAGGAAGUGAUCCGGUACAAUGAUGGCAUCGUGCAGACGAUAACGAGAGGAGGGCUGGUGGACAUUUACCCCUGGAUGAAGGUGCAGUCAGAUCUUUUUAAACCAUCUCUAAGAUAAACUCCUGGGUUCUAGAACCUGAGGUCUGGUUCUGUCUCUCAGGUUUUUCCAAACGAGUGUCUCAGAAAACUGAAGGAGUGUAUCAUCAUCAGAGACCGACUUCUGUCUCAGAAACUGGAGGAGCACAAGGUGAAGUCCUCACACACACUCAGUCCGUUUCCAUGACACUCGAGAAAAACGAAUUAUCGGCUUAUUCCGAUAAAGACCGGACAACUAAAGGUCAUGUAAACACCUUAGUCUGAUUUUCUCUACCAUGUAACCAGCGUAGUUGGAGUAGUCGGUUACAGGCCACGCCCCCGUAACCCCGUAACAAACCCCCAGAGUAGAGGAGUAGCGUUGGUCUCAUCUUUAGAAAAAGUAGCGCGUCCAUCAUGUCGGACAAAAACAACGCUGUACGAUGCUCCAUCUUCUUGUUUCUCCAAAAUGCCCAGCAGCAGUUGUAGACACUUCUGACGUCUGACACCGACCUGCUGUUGUUGUUGACGGUUGGAUGGGGUCGGAAACAGCGCCGCUGAAAAGACCGGACAGGUUCACGUCAAUAAUUCAGUUUCCUCAGCUGCAUGUAAACGAGGACGAGGAGAGAAGUCUGAUUCAGAGAAAAAGACGAAUUAUGAGUUUAUUCUGAUUAAACUGAGACUGUAAACUAGCUGAGUGAUGUCUCCGAACACUUGAUCGAGGAGCUACGACAACAGUUCGUCUUUAGGAGGUUCUGAUCGAUGUCGGAGGAUAACUCCUCUAGUUUAAAAUAAUCCAAAUAAAAUAUCUGGAAAACACGUGAGAUUCAGAAUUUUUCACGUUUUUUGAAAAUUUAUUUCGAGGACAUUCGAUCAAAACACUAAAUCUAAACAUUAGAAACAAACAUCAGCCGAUCGAUAAAUUUGUUGAACAAGAUAUUAAGUCUUAACUUGUCAAACUGAUGUUGAAAUUAUUUUGUUGUUGAAUUAGAAUCACAACUCUUUAAAAAAGUUAUUAGUUUGGGUGUGAUUAAACUUGCUGAACAAGAUUGUCCGAAACAAAAACAAGAUACCAGCUAGCCAAACACACAUGAUACUUUUAAUGAAAUCUAAACUUGAGCAGCUCAAACAAAAUGAUGAAAAUAUUUUUGAAUUUAAAAUUUGUUUGAACUUUUUAUUAAAACUGUCACUUACUUGAUCAAGAUAUUCAGAGUUGAACAAGAUUAGGAUGUGUCUCUUUUGUCACCUGGAUCCAGGCGUUGCUGAGUGACGGUGACCCCUAUGACCUUCUGGACGCCUUACUAAAGGGUAAGAUGGACAGUGGGCGGGGCCAAGGUUCGUCUGAGGGGGAAAGGAUAACAGACGAUCACGUCCUGAUGAUCGCGGCGGAGGCUUUCGGAGCCGGAGUGGAGACGACGUCCACCACGCUGCUGUGGAUUCUGGCCUACCUGCUGCACCACCCGGAGGUCAAACAGGAUACUGCAGCUUACAGCUCACGAUGCUAAUUCAGGACGAAGACAGAAUGAAACUUGUUUCUUAUCGUUACGAUCCGUCCGUCUGCUCAUUUUCUGUAUCAUAAAAAAAUCGUUGCUCAGUGACCUGUCCACUUUGCCCCGCCCCCUUCAGAUACAGGAGCGCCUGCAGAAGGAGUUGGACGAGAAUGUCGGCGGUGAUCGACCGGUGUGUAUGUCAGAUCGCGGCCGGCUGCCCUACCUGGACUGUGUGAUCAACGAAUGCAUGAGGAUCCGCCCAGUCAGCCCAGUUCUGAUCCCGCACACCGCCAUGACUGACAGCAGGUCGGCCCACACGCAAAUCUCAAGUUUCUGAUUGGUUGCUGACGUAAAACUAACUUCCUGUUUUUGUUUCUAUGAUGAAAUGCCGAAUUUUUAGCUUUGAAGUUUUUUCCUGAUUCGCAGCAUCGGGGGUCACCCUGUCGCCUGUGGGACUCGUGUUUUGGUCAACAUGUGGUCGAUCCAUCACGACCCCGAACACUGGGAUGACCCGGACCUCUUUAACCCGGGUAACACACGCGUGAAAACAAACAGCUGAGAGUUGAUAAAUGUUUAAACCCCGCCUUACGACACUGUCUCUGUCGCUUUAUUUUCCAGAUCGUUUCCUUGACGACCAGGGCCAGCGGGUCACUCCCCCCUGCUUCCUGCCAUUCGGGGCGGGGCCUCGAGUGUGCGUUGGUGAAUCAUUGGCCCGUCUGGAGCUCUUCCUCUUUUUGUCCUCUCUGCUCCAGCGCAUUAGCUUCAGUCUGCCACACGGGGAUCCCCCACCCAACCUGCAGGGGCGGCUGGGUGUGGUUUUGCAACCUUUACCUUAUAAGGUUGUUGUCUCUCCCAGGGCGGGGUGGGGAGGGAGGGAAAAAUAAAGAGGGGCGGGGCCACAAUGUGUUGAUUUGCUUUAAUUUCUAACAAGUGAAGAUCUGGACCUUCUCCUGUGUGUUAAAGGUACAGUUAGCAACGUUUCCUGGCAUUUAUCAAAUCAGAGGAAGUAGAAACGGCAAAAAAUAUCUAUGAGUAUCUUUAAACGAGUGUAAUCAUCUAAAUACUAAUAUUUUUGAUUUUCUUAAAGGGAUAUUCUGCGUAAAAUUAAUUUAGGGUCAAACCCACCAUAACACAGAGUUAGACCCCCCCUCCAGAGAUGAAUGUUGUCGACCGCUUCCUUCUCUAGUUAUACCAACUUUAGUAACGACCGCAGGAUAGUAAUACAGAGAGCCACGCCCCCAACCAAAACGCCACUCUAUAGACACGAAUAAUGCUCAGAACAGCACCUAACUUCAUCAACAGGACAUAUAGGGUCACAGACAUAGUACUAGACACCAAACAUCUUUUUAACUUUGACUCAUUUCUUUAGCAAAGAGACUAAACACAACUCACCUACUCUCUUCCAGCAGACGCUUGUUUGUAGCGAGACCUCAGGCCAGUCCAUUACAGACUACAGCGGGGUGCCACAGCUCAAGGAAGAACAUUUAUGAUCAUUUCUUUAUGGAAAUACAAUCAGACCGAGACGCUGAGGGGUAAAACCCACAGGAUUCGGAACGGCUCCACUCUGUUCCUGCCCGGCAGGCGGAUCAAAUCCACAAGCAUUAUAAUCAAUGCGAGUCAUUCCACAGAAUCUGUCCGCCGUCCUGCGGAUCAGCUCUGGCAGCCGGAUCAGAUAUGCAAGGCUACUAUUUUUGCUGGACGCCGCAGUACGGCGCAUCAAUUAGCUUGAAAAUAGGAGAGACCAGGGUUGUGGGAUGGGGGUGUUUAUAUACACCGAUCGGCCGAUGUCAUUCAAUGUCUCACGGGGAAACACGCAAGAUCUUGUGAGAUCUCGUCCAGUCUCAUGAGAACUAUCAGUAAUAUCGCUAGAGCUUCGCCUCGGAUGGCGGCAGCGGAUCGGAUCCAGAAGGCGCUGUAUGCUUGCGUAUUUGAUCCGCCUGCUGGUCCGGAGCGGAGCCAUUUCGGAUCCAGUGGGAAUCCAGGGUAAGACAGAAGAACUACCGCGUCUGUAAAAUGAUCAAUAUGGUGAUUAUUACUUCAAGGAAACGAUAAAGAAAUGAUCAUAAAUGUUCUUCCUUGAGCUGCGUCACCCCGCUGUAGUCUGUAAUGGACUGGCCUGAGGUCUCUCUACAAACAAGCGUCUGCUGGAAGAGAGUAGGUGAGUUGUGUUUAGUCUCUUUGCUAAAGAAAUGAGUCAAAGUUAAAAAGAUGUUUGGUGUCUAGUACUAUGUCUGUGACCCUGUAUGUCCUGUUGAUGAAGUUAGGUGCUGUUCUGAGCAUUAUUUAACGAACUCAGUGUUUUGGUGGGUUUGACCCUAAAUUAAUUUCACACCGGAAUAUCCCUUUAACCUAUAUAUCUCACUUUGUUGUAUAUCUCCUUAAAAUAACCGUGAUUAUGAUUUUUUCCAUCUUCCAGCAGUUCUUUGUUUUGGUCAUAAAACCUGUUUAGAAAGUCGAUGCUGUUUUCACUGUUUCUUAAAUCAAUAAAGGUGAUUAACCUCCUGAUCA